AGCCCAGGCCUGGGCAGCCAUUCUGGAGCCGGAGCCGGAGCUUGGCAACCCCCCACUUCCAUUCUCCUCCAGCCCCUUGGCCCUUCUAAAUUCCCUAGCAGCAGAGCGUCAGCGUCCCCUUCGGAGCUGCCAUCCCUCUACUCUUGGCAGGCUGAGCUUCAUCCGCAUUCACCUCCCCACCACCAGCCUUUAAUUGGGAGUCCCCAGACCCCUUUGCUCAUCCUCUGCACCCCCUGCCCACCCCCUAGCUCUUUGCUUCUCUGCACCCUUCCCUGGCACUGCAGUGCACGUGGAACGGGCUCCUUCUCCUCUCCUCCCCUCUGCCCCUUCCUUGGAUUUUCUGUCCCCCUGCCACUCCUCCCAGGUCUCUUCUAAGACCUCCCCCUCCAGUCCAGGGGAGGGGGUCAUGGGAGGCAGCCCUGGACCUCCAGACGGACAGGGGUUCUGGGAGGUGUGGGGCAGGUGGAGGAUGUCCCCAGCUGGGAGAGGAGGGAAGCCCAUCCGUGGGCAAUGACCUUUAACCUAUCUCCUCCCCCCCAGCAAACUCCUUCUCUGGGGGGGGGUGGCUACUGGGGACCUAGCCUCCCUGAAUCUUGCGUAUUCAUUACUGGGAUUUUGCUGAUCCUUCUGGCCAUGCCCCUCUACUGACUGUCAGCCCCAGUCAUGGGCUUAAGGCCUCCCACCCCGUCCCCCUCAGGGGGCUCUGGCUCCUUGCCCCCUCCUUCCCACCGCCAGCCUCUCCGCCGCCGCUGUUCUUCUUGCUGCUUUCCGGGGGAAUACCACUUGGGUCGCUCGAGGAGGAAGAGUGUCCCAGGGGGGAAGCAGUACAGCAUGGAGGCCGCCCCCGCUGCGCCCUUCCGGCCCUCGCAAGGCUUCCUGAGCCGACGGCUAAAAAGCUCCAUCAAACGUACGAAGUCACAACCCAAACUUGAUCGGACAAGCAGCUUUCGCCAGAUCCUGCCUCGAUUCCGAAGUGCUGACCAUGACCGGGCCCGGCUGAUGCAAAGCUUUAAGGAGUCGCACUCCCAUGAGUCCUUGCUGAGUCCCAGCAGUGCUGCUGAGGCCUUGGAGCUCAACUUGGAUGAAGAUUCCAUUAUCAAGCCAGUGCACAGCUCUAUCCUGGGCCAGGAGUUCUGCUUUGAGGUAACGACAUCAUCUGGAACAAAAUGCUUUGCCUGUCGAUCUGCAGCCGAAAGGGACAAAUGGAUAGAGAAUCUACAACGGGCCGUAAAACCUAACAAGGACAACAGCCGCCGCGUAGAUAACGUGCUAAAGCUAUGGAUCAUAGAGGCCCGAGAGCUGCCCCCCAAGAAGCGAUACUACUGCGAACUGUGCCUGGACGACAUGCUGUAUGCGCGCACCACCUCCAAGCCCCGCUCAGCUUCAGGGGACACUGUCUUCUGGGGUGAGCACUUCGAGUUUAACAACCUACCGGCUGUCCGGGCCCUGCGGCUGCAUCUGUACCGUGACUCAGACAAAAAACGCAAGAAGGAUAAGGCCGGCUAUGUUGGCCUGGUGACUGUACCAGUGGCUGCCCUGGCUGGGCGGCACUUCACAGAGCAGUGGUACCCUGUGACCUUACCUACAGGCAGUGGGGGAUCUGGGGGCAUGGGCUCGGGAGGGGGAGGGGGUUCAGGGGGUGGCUCAGGGGGCAAGGGAAAAGGAGGUUGCCCUGCGGUGCGACUGAAGGCACGGUACCAGACGAUGAGCAUCCUGCCCAUGGAGCUGUAUAAAGAGUUUGCAGAGUACGUCACCAAUCAUUAUCGGAUGCUGUGUGCAGUGCUAGAACCCGCCCUGAACGUCAAGGGCAAGGAAGAGGUUGCCAGUGCGCUGGUUCACAUCCUGCAGAGCACGGGCAAAGCCAAGGACUUCCUUUCAGACAUGGCCAUGUCAGAGGUAGACCGUUUCAUGGAACGGGAACACCUCAUUUUCCGCGAGAACACGCUCGCCACCAAAGCCAUAGAGGAGUACAUGAGAUUGAUUGGUCAGAAAUACCUCAAGGAUGCCAUUGGGGAGUUCAUCCGUGCUCUGUAUGAAUCUGAGGAGAACUGCGAAGUAGACCCUAUCAAGUGCACGGCAUCCAGUCUGGCAGAGCACCAAGCCAACCUGCGAAUGUGCUGUGAGUUGGCCCUGUGCAAGGUGGUCAACUCCCAUUGCGUGUUCCCGAGGGAGCUGAAAGAGGUGUUUGCGUCUUGGAGGCUGCGCUGCGCAGAGCGGGGCCGGGAGGACAUCGCAGACAGGCUGAUCAGCGCCUCGCUCUUCCUGCGCUUCCUCUGUCCAGCCAUUAUGUCGCCCAGUCUGUUUGGGCUCAUGCAGGAGUACCCAGAUGAGCAGACCUCACGAACCCUCACCCUUAUCGCCAAGGUCAUCCAGAACCUGGCCAACUUUUCCAAGUUUACCUCAAAGGAGGACUUUCUGGGCUUCAUGAAUGAGUUUCUAGAGCUGGAGUGGGGUUCCAUGCAACAGUUCCUGUACGAGAUCUCCAACCUGGACACCCUAACCAACAGCAGUAGCUUUGAGGGCUACAUUGACUUGGGCCGAGAGCUCUCCACACUCCAUGCCCUGCUCUGGGAGGUGCUGCCCCAGCUCAGCAAGGAAGCUCUCCUGAAGCUGGGCCCACUGCCCCGGCUCCUCAAUGACAUCAGCACAGCCCUGAGGAACCCCAACAUCCAAAGGCAGCCGAGCCGUCAGAGCGAGCGGCCUCGGCCUCAGCCCGUGGUGCUUCGGGGGCCAUCAGCCGAGAUGCAGGGCUACAUGAUGCGGGACCUCAACAGCUCCAUCGACCUUCAGUCCUUCAUGGCUCGAGGCCUCAACAGCUCUAUGGACAUGGCUCGCCUCCCCUCCCCAACCAAGGAAAAGCCGCCCCCACCACCACCUAGCGGGGGUAAAGACCUGUUCUAUGUGAGCCGGCCACCACUGGCCCGGUCAUCCCCAGCAUACUGCACGAGCAGCUCAGACAUCACGGAGCCAGAGCAGAAGAUGCUGAGUGUUAACAAGAGCGUGUCCAUGCUGGACCUGCAGGGCGAUGGGCCUGGGGGCCGCCUUAACAGUAGUAGUGUUUCCAACCUGGCAGCUGUUGGGGACCUGCUGCACUCAAGCCAGGCCUCACUGACAGCGGCCUUGGGGCUGCGGCCUGCACCUGCCGGGCGCCUCUCCCAAGGGAGUGGCUCAUCUAUCACAGCAGCUGGCAUGCGCCUCAGCCAGAUGGGUGUUACCACGGACGGUGUUCCUGCCCAGCAACUGCGCAUCCCCCUUUCCUUCCAGAACCCUCUCUUCCACAUGGCUGCUGAUGGCCCAGGGCCCCCGGGGGGUCAUGGAGGAGGCAGUGGCCAUGGCCCACCUUCUUCCCAUCACCACCACCAUCAUCAUCACCACCACCGAGGUGGAGAGCCCCCAGGGGACACCUUCGCCCCAUUCCAUGGCUAUAGCAAGAGCGAGGACCUCUCCUCAGGGGUCCCUAAGCCCCCUGCUGCCUCCAUCCUUCACAGCCACAGCUACAGUGAUGAAUUUGGACCCUCUGGCACUGAUUUCACCCGUCGGCAGCUCUCACUUCAGGACAACCUGCAGCACAUGCUAUCCCCUCCCCAGAUCACCAUCGGUCCCCAGAGGCCAGCUCCCUCAGGGCCCGGAGUGAGCGCUGCCCAGAAACCCCGGCCAUCCAGCGGGAACCUAUUGCAGUCCCCGGAGCCAAGUUAUGGCCCCACCCGUCCACGGCAACAGAGCCUCAGCAAGGAGGGCAGCAUUGGGGGCAGCGGGGGCAGCGGUGGCGGAGGGGGUGGGGGGCUCAAGCCCUCCAUCACCAAGCAGCAUUCUCAGACGCCGUCCACCCUGAACCCCACCAUGCCGGCCUCUGAGCGGACUGUGGCCUGGGUCUCCAAUAUGCCUCACCUGUCGGCUGACAUCGAGAGUGCCCACAUCGAGCGGGAAGAGUACAAGCUCAAGGAAUACUCAAAAUCCAUGGAUGAAAGCCGGCUAGAUAGGGUGAAGGAGUAUGAGGAAGAGAUACAUUCGCUGAAGGAGAGGCUACACAUGUCCAACCGGAAGCUGGAGGAGUAUGAACGGAGGCUGCUGUCCCAGGAAGAACAGACCAGCAAAAUCCUGAUGCAGUACCAAGCCCGCCUAGAGCAGAGUGAGAAGAGGCUGAGGCAGCAGCAGGUGGAGAAGGACUCCCAGAUCAAGAGCAUCAUUGGCAGGCUGAUGCUGGUGGAGGAGGAGCUGCGCCGGGACCACCCUGCCAUGGCUGAGCCGCUGCCUGAACCCAAGAAGAGGCUGCUCGACGCUCAGGUGGAGAGGCAGCUUCCCCCCUUGGGUCCAACAAACCCGCGUGUGACGCUGGCCCCACCUUGGAACGGCCUGGCCCCCCCAGCCCCGCCUCCCCCACCCCGGCUACAGAUCACGGAGAACGGCGAGUUCCGAAACACCGCAGACCACUAGCCCACCCAGCAUCACAGACCUUCUUCCCUGUGCACCCCACCCCGCAACAUCACCAACCACCAGGACUGGACCUCACCGAGGGACAGCGGGAUUGCCUCCCUGACCGCCUCCUUGGGGCACCCGUCUGUCACCCCCACCGAACCAUUUUCAGGAGGGAGAGCAGGACCCUUAGCUGCCCUCUUUUCCUUCCUGUCGGGAUGCUGCCCCCUCUCACCCCUAGGGACCCUCACCCCAGGACACCACCUACCCAACACAGACCCCUUCAUUCCGGGGUGCUAUCCCCAUCCUCUGCCUCAUAGUUCCCCUGAGCACUGGGGGACAAGACCCUCACCCCAUACUGGGGGUGUGGCACCUCCAAACUUUCAACUUCAGGGUGAUUUUUUUUAGCAGUAACCAGAGCUGACAAUCUAACUCCCUCCACCGCCCCAUUUUGGCCUCCCCUGCCCCCCUUGUUAUGGGGAGGGGACCCCGGGUGAGGGGCCCUAUUACCCCUUGAUUUCUCAGGCGCGUCUGGGGGGGCUCAGCACGCACAAACUCCUCUUUUCACUCUUACAUUUACUGCCUCCCCGCCCAGAACCCAGAUGGGGUGGAGGGGGCCACCGGGGCAGGGAGGGGGCGGCAAGGGGGGAAUGGGAGUUGCCUCCCCUUCCUCCCACACCUGAUCUGCUCUUGGCUGGUCCCAGAGCGGGGUGAGGGGGCUUAUGCCCCCCCCUCCCCCAGUGUGUUGGGUGGGGUGGAAUUGAGGUUCGGGCGAGGGGUUAGGGUUUAGGGGGGCAUGUGUGUUGGUCUGCCCUUCUCUGACACACAGCCCCCACCCCUCCCUCUUCUUGGUCUCUACUCCCAGGGGGAGGGGGGAACUUAACUCUAGGAAAAGCCAUGUCUCUCUCCCCCAGGGUGGGGGACCUGUGUUGGAGGAGGGGUGUUUGGGGGGCCCCCUUCCAUGACUCUGUCCCCUGGGGGAGGUAGGACAGGGCUGGGCUUCCCUCUCAUCCUCUCCCCCCACCCACCCAGUCUCCCUCCCUCCCGCCAGCUCCACAAUUUUUCGGUGUUUCUCUGUACAUAGCUCUCUGGCGGGAUAGGGGAGGUAGGAUGGAUGGGGUUUGGGGUGGGCAGGCCAUGGAAGGGAAGAAAUUCCUUGGCACCCCCUCUUCCCUGACUGCUGUCCCCUACCCAGCCUUGCCCCUCAUCUCUUCUUGCGUUUGAUAUUGAGACUCUUCCCAGACUCCCCUUUCUUUUGUAUGGACAGCUCCCCCUCAGUCCCCUCCGUCUACACACAUCCACCCAGCCGGGGCCAAAUUUAUACUUAUAUAAAAGUUGUAAAUAUGUGAAAUUUUAUCCCCGUGCCCUUUCCUUUGCUUUCCCCACUUCAGGCCCUACCCUCGGACCCCUUCCUCCUCUUUGGCUGUUGUAAUUAUCUGGGGUUUGUACUGUACAUAUCCGGGGUGUGUGUGGGGGGGCUGGGAGGCGACCCCUCUGUACAGAGCUUCCCAGCCCCCUGCCCCCCGCCCCUCGCUUCCCUCCCCACCCAACCCUAAGAGCGGGAGGUGGUGCUCCUGCUCGUUUUGUUUUGUUUUCUCAUUCUCCCUCCCUGCCCCACUCCCAUCCUCUCGGCCCCCUGCCUCUGCCCUUCUCUCCACUUCCAGCCCCAUUUCCUUUUUUUCUGGAGUGUGUGGUGAAACAGAAAAAUCAUGUUUAAUAAACGGAGAUUGUUCUUUUGCCGCUGGGCCGACUUUCUUAGCCUGGGAUUUCCAGGCGCGUGGCAGGAGCUACUUUUUGAGUGACGCUGCCAGCCUGGAAGCAGCCGACACCCCUUGGGCCCUGCCCCGGCCGAGAGACGCGAGUCCCGCCAGGGUCUCGCUGGGCUGAC